UGAAGACUGAUUUGCCGCUAGUUAUUUCCAUUUUUCACAAAAGUCGGAAAAAAUUAAAGAAUAUGGGGAACUGUACCGUGAUUGUUACAGCUAUGUGACGUUUUGCCAUUUCAACAUCAAAUUCUCUACAUCUAAAUUCAGGGCGCGAUCUUUCACACGGAACACCGUCUCGACUGUAUCGAGUAUGUUAUCGAGUAAAUAAAAACAAUAUCGGUUACCAUUAAAACACCGAAAACAUGGAAUAAAUCUAGCAAAGCUUUAGUAAAACACCCCUACAAAUCUACAUAGACCAAGCCAAAUACAAUGCUAGUUUUAGUCGUUUUUGGUAAAGUACCAGCAACAAUAAAAUGUGAUAUAUUUUUAUUAGAAGUCCUUAUUUUUAGUCUUUGGUUCGGGAAAAUUCCCUCGACCUUCGGUGACUCGUGACUACUUGGAAGCGAUGGAAAGGGGAACCCCCGACACGACAACCAAUCAAAUUACUGCAAUGUUACUCUGAAUUCGCAAACAGGAACUGAUUAUUUAUAUUCUCGGGACAUUUCGGAACAAACACAGACAAAUACGCUAGCAGUGAGUACUCUUUUCUCAUCUAGUUUUCCAUAAGGAAAAGAAGCCCCAGAAAUUACUUCGCUCAAACCUACGAUUAUCUAAGGUAAAGUGCUUAGCAACCUGACGGUAGCAAUACUGUAAAUAAAAUACAAUCGAAUACCUGAAGACUGAUUUGCCGCUAGCUAUUUCCAUUUUUCACAAAAGUCGAAAAAAAUUAAAAAAUAUGGGGAACUGUACCGUGAUUGUUACAGCUAUGUGACGUUUUGCCAUUUCAACAUCAAAUUCUCUACAUCUAAAUUCAGGGCGUGAUCUUUCACACGGAACACCGUCUCGACUGUAUCGAGUAUGUUUUCGAGUAAAUAAAAACAAUAUCGGUUACCAUUAAAACAGCAAAAACAUGGAAUAAAUCUAGCAAAGCUUUAGUAAAACACCCCUACAAAUCUACAUAGACCAAGCCAAAUACAAUGCUAGUUUUAGAGGUGUUUUGGUAAAAGUAUCAGUAACAAUAAAAUGUGAUAUAUUUUUACUAGAAGUCCUUAUUUUUUAGUCUUUGGUUCGGGAAAAUUCCCUCGAUCUUCGGUGCCUCGUGACUACUUGGACGCGAUCGAAAGGGGAACCCCCGACACGACAGCCAAUCAAAUUACUGCAAUGUUUGUCUGAAUUCGCAAACUGGAACUGAUUAUUCAAAUUCGCUUGACAUUCGAGAACGAACACAGACAAAUACUACAAGGACUUCUUAUUCAUCUAAUAUUCCAUAAAGAAAAAGAACCACUAGAAAUUACUUCGUCGAAACCUACGACUAGCAAAAGGGUUCAGUCUUCUUUCACAGAAAAGCGAGUGUGAAUCGGAUAGAUGGUGGGCACCGGAAAAUAGAGACCCCUACUACAACGCGAGCAAUAAUUCUCGACUUUCCAAUAUCUUAUUGUCGCAUUUAUCAAAGCCGGGCUACCAGGAACAAGGAAACUCAUCAAGUAGACAAAGAAUAAGGAAUAUCAAACAAGAAUAAGCACAUUUCCACAGUUUUAUGGCAGAGUAAUAGAUCAACAGUGGAAAUCAUGGGUAAUGUGAUGGAUAAGAGGGAUGAACAAGCUCAAGUUUAUUUGAGAAAGGGGAUUAAACUAUAUCAUCUUGGCAAGCAUAGGGAGGCGCUGGAACAAUACCAACAAGCGCUGCAAGUGUACAUUAGCACUGGUAACGAGAGCAAACAAGCAGACGUGCGUCAGAACAUUGGUGUUUUGCAGGGGAGUCUCGGUAAUUACGAGGAGGCGAUGAAAUACUACCAACAAGCCCUGCAAGUGUACAUUAGCACUGGUAACGAGAGCGACCAAGCAGACGUGCGUCAGAACAUUGGAGUUGUGCAGGAUAGUCUCGGUAAUUACGAGGAGGCGAUGAAAUACUACCAACAAGCCCUGCAAGUGUACAUUAGCACUGGUAACGAGUUCAAGCAAGCAGGCGUGCGUCAUAACAUUGGAGUUGUGCAGCAGAGUCUCGGUAAUUACGAGGAGGCGAUGAAAUACUACCAACAAGCGCUGCAAGUGUACAUUAGCACUGGUAACGAGAGCGACCAAGCAGACGUGCGUCAGAACAUUGGAGUUGUGCAGCAGAGUCUCGGUAAUUACGAGGAGGCGAUGGAAUACUACCAACAAGCGCUGCAAGUGUACAUUAGCACUGGUAACGAGAGCAAACAAGCACGCGUGCGUCAGGGCAUUGGAGCUGUGCAGCGGCGUCUCGGUAAUUACGAGGAGGCGAUGAAAUACUACCAACAAGCGCUGCAAGUGUUCGAAAGGACUGGUAACGAGAGCGACCAAGCAGGCGUGCUUCAGAACAUUGGAGUUGUGCAGAAGUGUCUCGGUAAUUACGAGGAGGCGAUGAAAUACUACCAACAAGCGCUGCAAGUGUACAUUAGCACUGGUAACGAGAGCAAACAAGCAGACGUGCGUCUGAAUAUUGGUGGGGUGCAGCAGCGUCUCGGUAAUUACGAGGAGGCGAUGAAAUACUACCAACAAGAGCUGCAAGUGUUCGAAAGGACUGGUAACGAGAGCCACCAAGCACGCGUGCGUCAUAACAUUGGAGCUGUGCAGGGGAGUCUCGGUAAUUACGAGGAGGCGAUGAAAUACUACCAACAAGCGCUGCAAGUGUUCCAAAGGACUGGUAACGAGAGCGACCAAGCAGACGUGCUUCAGAACAUUGGAGUUGUGCAGGAGUGUCUCGGUAAUUACGAGGAGGCGAUGAAAUACUACCAAGAAGCGCUGCAAGUGUACGUUAGCACUGGUAACGAGAUCAAUCAAGCAACUGCUUAUUACAAUAUUGGAUCCAUGUACCGUAAAAAACAAAAUUAUUUAGAUGCGGAGUCACAUUUCACCAAAAGUUUUGAGAUCUUUGAAUCCUGUUUCACAAAAAUUCAGAGCUUACCGGACUCAAAAAUCACGUUCGUUGAUACUUUUAUCCAAGUGUGUCAGCAAUUAGUCGAUGUCUCGAUUUUACUCGAUAAAACAGAGCAGGCCUUGUUAGUGUCCGAGCGAGGCCGUUCUCGUGUCCUCGGGGAUAUCCUCCUGGAGAAACAUGGACUGCAGAAGACUGCAUCAAGAGACAAGACGAGCUGUGAUGAUCUGGACUCACUGACCAGUUACGCUGACUCCUCACUCGCUGUUGUCUCUUUGACACCCCAACGCCUUCACAUGUUUGCUCUAACGACUGGGCAGCCCUUAGUAGUGAAGUCCACAUCACCAGAAGUCAUGGAACGCGCGGCUCCCCAGUUCAGUGGCAAUGUAAAAACUCGCAUCCAAGAAAUUUUAAAGCAGCUUAUCAAUGAUGCGAAUAAGCACGUCAAUGAGAAUAGAGACGAGACGUUUGAAGACAGAUCUCUGGAUAUCGGCGAUGCUUCCCGACGGCCACAUGUGUCAGCAGGACAAGAAAGGGACGGAACAGAAAGCGAGAUGUCUUGCAAGGCAACAGGAGUCAGGGGAGAACCAAGCGAGAACGACGAGGAAGAGGACGCUUCUUCUUCCAAAGAAAGUCAGGCAAGUGGUGGAAAGAGUGUCUCGCAUUUUCCUCCUCCCCACUUUAAACACGACACAGGGAAACCACAAGAAAUGGAGGCGACCAGUGAUGACAGUGAGUAUCAACUACCAAAGCUUUCCCCCAGUAAAGAAGACAAGGGAAAACCACAAGAAUGGGAGGCGACCAGUGAUGACAGUGAGUGUCCAAGUAAAAAAGACACGGGGAAAACACAAGAGAGUCCCUCCGGUAAAGUUCCUCAGGAACACGAGGAAGACAUUGAAACACUGCACCAAUCUAAUCAUACACCCAGUGCCCCAGUGGCAACAAGAUUCUUUGAUCCUCUAAAUGUUUUGUAUCAGAUCCUUAUUUCGCCAAUUGAGGACCAGCUUACCAAGCCGGAAGUCGUCUUUAUUCCCGGAGGUGUGACUUUUAUGGUCCCGUUUGGAGCCUUGAAAUCACCUGACGGAACCUUCUUGGCAGAAAAGCACUGCAUUCGGACUGGCCCAUCCCUUAAGACCCUAAAGUUACUGAAGAUGUGUCAUGAAGAGAAGCACUGCAGUAGCGGCGCACUUAUUGUCGCUAACCCUAGAUCAGACGCCAUUGUAUGGUCACUCAAGAAUGAGCAAUGGGGGCUGGAUUCGUUCAACAGCGUGUUCCAAAACCUCCCGAUGGCAAGCAAGGAAGCCCAAGAAAUCGGUAAAGUGCUUUCGGGUGUAACUUCCAAUGUGACUUGCUUGGUUGCACGCCAAGCAACAAAAGACGCUGUCAUGUCUAGACUCAAGGAAGGUGUCGGCGUAAUCCACAUUGCUUCACAUGGUGACGCGACAACAGGGAAAAUCCUUGUUGCUCCAGAGACGAGAAACCCAAUUCUCGUUGAAGAAGAGGAUUACCUGCUGACGAUGAAAGAAGUGAGCGCCUGUCGCAUCAAUGCGAAGCUGGUUGUCCUCAGUUGCUGCCAUAGCGGCAAAGGGGAGAGAAUCAGAGCUGAGGGCGUCAUGGGGCUAGCUCGUGCCUUCCUCGCUGCAGGCGCCCUCUCUGUUCUAGCCACGCUGUGGAAGAUCAGUGACGAGGCGACUCAGUACUUCAUGUUGAGAUUCUAUCGAAACCUGGCCAGCGGCAUGACUACUAGUGCCAGUCUCAAGAAGACCAUCCGAGACACUAUCGCCGACAACAACCGAUACAGUCACCCGUAUUACUGGGGGGCCUUUGUCCUCGUGGGGGAUGACGUCAGACUGUAUUAGAGCUGCAAAUACAUCGCGAUUAUCCCGGAUGAUGACGCAUUGUACAGUAGGUCAGCAGCACAUGUAGGGACCAGGAAAAUAGGGUCAGUACGCAGCACUCACAAGCUGCAAUUUGAUUGGGCAAAUGAACAAUAUCCGCACCUCGACACAAAGAACGAGAAGAAUAGAGACAAAAGAACUCCUUUGUUGAACAAAGAUAAUAGGAGACAAAGCAGCUGCGUACUUUCUCGGAAAAUACUAGUUCCUAAGACAAAUGUUAAGCUCGUUUUUCUUUUUAACUUUUUUGUGAUAAUCGUUGUCCUAGAUGCUAUUUUGAAAGACAAAAAUGUAUUUAAAAUGAUACGCCACAAAGUCAUUAUUAUUGUCAUGACGUAUAAUGACAACUAUUAGAAGAUAUAUAACCUGGUAUAGAGAUCUAUUCGUAUUACGCGAAAAGUGAGAACGCUAGAAAUUUGGCAAUUUUAUUUUCAUCGAUUCAGGGAAUAUUCAAUAGACCUGCGAUAUGUCCUAUUCUCUUAUAGGAAAAAAAAUUAUUUGUAAUAGUGAAGUCAAGAUGUUUCAUUGUGCAAAAACAAUUUCUAUUCGAUUCAUGGUAUAAUAUAACAUAUUUAAAUCUAGGUAAUUAGUGUAUAAUAAAAAAUUUACUUGUAAUUAAAA